GCGGAAGUGCAGAGAACUGCGCGUGCAUGUAUGUGUGUACAGAAAUAAUGACGCGUAUAAAACUCUCCCGCACUUUCCCGUUAAAUCGUAUCUGUCUGCUCUUUUAAAUGUGUACGGUUUGUGUUAUUUCUUAGGUUUGUGUUAUGUGUCGAAAUUGCGUGUUUUGUUUAGAGAGGCAGAGGACAGCUGCAGCUUUUACACAUCAGCACAUCAGCUGUUUCUGCACAACAUUAUAAAGAUGAGCCACGAGCACAGUAAAUGAUCUGUUUGACAGCCAUCUACAAGCAACAUCAUGAAUUUGGUCCGUCUUGUGUGUCGCCAUAAGACAGCCCUGGCCUUAACUUUCCUAUUCCUGUUUGCCGUCGUCCUCAUUUUCCUCGCCAAAUGUACAUCCGAGACGCUCAAAUCACCUGAUUCUCCAGGAAUUGCACCACGGGCUGAGUCACGACAGAAGCAUACUGCAGGGUCUUCUCAUGCCAAAGACCUCUCAGCGUUCCUGGUGGUUCUCAUCACCACGGGCCCGAAGUACACCGAACGUCGCAGUAUAAUCCGGAGCACCUGGCUGACCAAGCACGAUCCCGAUGUGCUCUAUUGGUUCGUCAUCGGUACCGAGGGUCUACCGGCUGAGGACCUCCAAAACCUUGAAACCGAGCAGGUCCGUCACCACGACCUCCUCUUGCUCCCCGACCUCCGGGAUUCUUACGAGAACCUUACGCAGAAGCUGCUACACAUGUACUCGUGGUUGGACCAAAACGUGGACUUCAGGUUCGUCCUGAAGGCUGAUGACGACACCUUCGCUCGUUUGGAUCUUCUCAAGGAGGAGUUGAAGACAAAGGAACCCAGCCGCCUCUACUGGGGUUUCUUCUCCGGUCGCGGGAGAGUGAAAACGGCCGGGAAAUGGAAGGAAAGUGCCUGGGAGCUGUGUGAUUACUACUUACCCUACGCUUUGGGUGGGGGUUACAUACUGUCUUCUGACCUCGUGCACUACGUUCGGCUGAAUGUGGGGUUUCUGAAGACGUGGCAGAGCGAGGAUGUGUCUUUGGGGGCGUGGUUGGCCCCUGUAGACGUAAAACGAGUUCACGAUCCACGUUUUGAUACGGAGUACAAGUCGCGUGGAUGCAGCAAUAAGUAUCUGGUCACUCACAAGCAAAGUUUAGAGGACAUGUUGGAGAAACAUCAGACGUUACAGAGGGAUGGGCGUCUGUGCAAGGAGGAAGUCAAACUGAGGCUCUCCUAUAUUUACGACUGGGGCGUUCCACCUUCCCAGUGUUGCCAGCGCAAAGAUGGCAUCCCGUGAUCUUAACCAUUAUCAGUUGCUAUUUAUUUAUUUAUUAUCAAUGUUGUGUUUGUUGACCUGAAAUUGUACCUUUUGAAAAGGAUAUUUUAACGUGUUAUGGUUGGAGAAUGGUGUAUGUGAGAUGUUUUACGCUGCCUAUGAGGUCAGUUUACUGUUUGUGGCAUUGAAUGACUCUUAAGAUUUUGGCUUAAGUGGUCUCUGUGAUCACAUUUUUUUUUUUGCUGUAUUGUCUGCCUAAACUUUAUUCUUCGUGUGAUGUCCACUGAUUGAAUUUCAUUGUCUGUACAUUGUACUUUUAUAUACACGUGAAUAGAAAAUUGAACAAGGGGGAAAAAGCAAGAAAGAAGAUGUUUAUUUUCAGGACAGAUAAUAAAGUUAUUGGAUGAAACACAUUUUUUAUUACAAUGGAAACUUAAAAGAUAUAGCAUUAAAAUAAAAGCAUUAAAUAGUGAUAACACAUACAUGUCAAUGAGUCUUUAUGGCAGCAUUUAGUGCGUUUAUCACUGAAUUGAAUGAUCUCGAAACUUUUAUCAAAGGGGAUAUAUCAUGAAAAUCUGACUUUUUUCAUGUUUAAGUGCUAUAAUUGGGUUCCCAGUGCUUUUAUCAACCUAGAAAAUGUGAUAAAGAUCAACCCAGUAACUUAGUUUUAGUAAACCAUUCUUUGCAAGCAUGUGAAAAAAUAGCUAAUUGAAAUGUGGCUCCCCUUGUGAUGUCAGAAGGGGAUAAUACCACCCGUUAAUCCUCACAGCACUGCCAUUUAGUGCAGGGAUCAGCUCAUUUGCAUUUUAAAGAAAACACCCCAAAACGGCACAUUUUUGCUCACACCUACAAAGUGACAAUUUUAACAAGUUAUAAUAAAUUAUCUAUAUGGUAUUUUGAGCUAAAACUUCACAUACAUACUCUGGGGACACCAAAGAUUUAUUGGACAUCUUUAAAAAGUCUUGUGAAAUGUCUCCUUUAAAUGUUUCUUUUGUGUUGUUUCUAUGCUGCAUUCAUUUCUACAUUAUUAAUAUGGCCCGAAAGAAAAGAUUUGUUGCAUAAUUUAAAUCUGCAGGGACCUGGCAAUACUAUGUAAGAUUUGUCAUAUUCUUGGUGGUCACAAUAGAUAAUUUUGUGAUACUUGACCUUGAGUGUAUUCAUUCAAAACUGACAUCACAGUCUUUUACCUGCUUGUUUUUUAUGCACCUGUGCCAGCGCUUUGUAUUUUAUAUUGUAAUGUACUGUAACGUUUUAGUAUGUAUUGUGACAUGAAUUAAAACGUGUUCCUGUACCUCAGUUGGUAGAGCAUUGCGUUAGCAGCGCAGAAGGGUUUGGGUUCGAUUCCCAGGGAACACACAUACUGAUAUACUGAUAAAAAGUUGUAUAGAUUGAAUACAAUUCAAGUCACAUUGGAUAAAAGCAUCAGUCGAAUGCAUAAAUGUAACAUGCUAGUUUUGGAUUGUGUCCGCUUAGAAAAAUGGGUGUUGGCCCAAUGCUACAUCUUGGCAUUCAAAUAUUUUUUACAGUAUUGUAAGGUCAGGAAAUACUUGCACAGCUUCAGUAUUGUUAUUUAUGGGCGAUGUUGAAAGAAAACCAAAAUCAAAUCAGCAAAAUAUCAAAAUAAAAAUAUGGGGGGGUUAAGCAACCCAGCAUAGGUUAAAUUACAACCCAGGUUACGUUUGUCUUACUGUUAGUACGAAUAAAAUAUC